UAACCUAACACUUUAUUAGACGUGCUUGAAGUGUUAUCAUUUUAUAAUAACAUUUUAAAAACUAUAUAACUAAUCACAUCACCUGGUAACUUUCUUCGGUUUAUCUACUUAAAAAAUAUUUGAAAUGGCUGCUAAAAUUAAUAUUAUCGAUCCACCUUCGUCGGCGAGUUCUGAUAGUGAUUUAGAGGAAACGCACGCCGACUUUUCCGAGGUUUUUCCGGAUAUAGAAAUCGAGGAAGAAAAAAGUGGAGAUUUUUAUCAUACUCCAGCAUCUCCAAUAACUGUACCUUAUUGUCCAAGACCACCCUCAACAGGUUCCCAAAAGUCACCAAGAUCUAGAAGACAAAGAACAACGUCUUUAAAUCAGUCGAAGAAACCGACAGAAUCUAUUAUAAGAACCCAACAUCGCACAAUAUAUACAGCUGGCAGACCACCUUGGUACAACAGCGUUGGACAAAAAGUUGAACCGUUCGUUAUUGGAAUAUGUGGAGGGAGCGCCUCAGGAAAGACAACAGUCGCAGAAAAAAUAAUCGAAUCUCUUGGAGUACCCUGGGUCACCUUACUUAGUAUGGAUUCGUUCUACAAAGUAUUAAAUGAAAAACAACACGAUAUUGCAGACAGAAAUGAAUACAAUUUCGAUCAUCCAGACGCUUUCGAUUUCGAGUUGUUGUUAAGCACAAUUCAGAGGCUCAAAGAAGGAAGAAAAGUGGAAGUUCCGAUCUAUAAUUUCGUCACGCAUUCCCGAGAAGCUAAAACAAAAACCAUGUAUGGAGCCAACGUCAUAAUCUUCGAAGGCAUCCUUACGUUCCAUAACCAAAAAGUAAACGAUAUGCUGGAUAUGAAGAUUUUCGUAGACGCAGAUCCAGACGUUCGGUUAGCUCGUAGGUUGAGAAGAGACAUUAGUCAAAGAGGCAGAGAUUUAGAAGGAGUACUUAAACAGUAUACCUCGAUGGUCCAACCGUCGUUCAACCAUUAUAUCGCCCCACUCAUGAGUCACGCCGACAUCAUAGUUCCUAGAGGCGGGGAGAACGAAGUGGCUAUACAGUUGAUUGUGCAGCACGUACAGACUCAAUUGCAAUUGCGUGGUUUAAAACUCAGGGAGGAACUUGCUCAGGCUUACACAGUAAACAAACAUUACAAAAUGCCCAGACCAGACACAGUUCGACUACUACCAACUACUCCACAGAUCAGAGGUUUGCAUACAUUUAUCAGAAACAAAGAUACGCCCAGAGAUGAGUUUAUAUUUUACAGUAAAAGAUUAAUAAGACUAGUCAUAGAAUAUACUUUAUCGUUGAUGACGUUCGUAGAUAAAACAGUAGAAACGCCACAAGGAGUAGUUUAUCACGGUAAAAAGAUGGCCACUAGUAAUAUUUGCGGCGUUUCAAUUUUGAGAGCAGGUGAAACUAUGGAACAAGCAGUAUGUGAUGUAUGCAAAGAUAUCAGAAUAGGAAAAAUAUUAAUACAGACGAAUCUACAAACUGGUGAACCUGAAUUGUAUUAUUUGAGAUUACCCAAAGACAUCAAGGACUACAAAGUAAUAUUAAUGGACGCCACUGUGGCCACUGGUGCUGCCGCUAUGAUGGCUAUCCGAGUUUUAUUAGACCACGACGUUCUGGAAAGUAAUAUAUUAAUAGUAUCUUUACUAAUGGCCGAAUCAGGAGUGCAAUCGAUAGCUUAUGCCUUCCCGGAGGUCCAAAUUGUCACUACAGCCAUCGAUCCCGAAAUUAAUGAUAAAUUUUACGUACUACCCGGCAUCGGUAACUUCGGCGAUCGAUAUUUUGGAACGGAACCGUCAGAAAACGAAAUAUAAGACUGGAUAUCAUCAGGACAUUUUCAAAUUAAGAAUAAAGGUUUUUUAUGUAAUUGAUUUUGUGUAUAUAUGUUUUAAAAUAAAAGGUAUAACUUAUUGUUAUCUGCA